CAAAAAUGAAGUUGAAAACCGAAAACGAUAUAACAGGCACGAGCGCGACGGUAUUAGGUUCUGUAGUUCCAAGAACAUGAUCAUGAAGAUUUAGUGAGAUCUUAGAUGUGUCAUCGUCAUGUAUGAGCCCAAAUAGUAUCGUCCAACACCAACUAAACCGGGCCUGGAGUUGUACGACGUUGCCGUCGCUUGCAACAAGCACGACAGGUACGACGACGAGGACGACCACGACGACGCUCAUACUACAAGAAUUUGGUAUCUUGACCGCUACUGACCAUUCCAAAUCUUCUAUGCGACAUUGCCUCAUGUACAUUCAUGAAUGCAGCGACAGCCACGAGCACGCGAAAAGCUCCCAUGCGCCGCCGUCUACCGGGGAACACGAAGAACAACCGCCGACACACGACACGACAGCUGCGUCCCGAUUGUACUACAUGCUCCCUCGUGCAGUACGAGAAUUAGGGGAAAUUGCACUUCUACCUUGGAACAAUUCAGAACCACACCACUGUGACUUCAUCACCUACAUUUUGCAGUAAACGACCACUUCUGCGACGAGGACCGUCUACCAUCGCGUCACCAUGGCGUCCUCUUCUUCCUCCUCCUCCUCUACGUCCUACCAGGCCAACCGGUUUGCCAAUCUGCACGGGCGGCUGGCAAAGGUGUUGGCCGACGG